CAACACAACACACCGUAGCAGCAGCAGCAGCGCUCUAGACAGCCAGCCAGCACCUCGAACAGGUUUCAUGCUCGUCGAACGAAAACAGAAAGGUGCUCAAUUCAGUGCAGUGUGGAGGUAUUCGCGUGUUGACGUCUCGCGGAAAUUGUUAAAAAUUUAUUUGACAAACUUUUCAAUGUGCAGAUGCAUUGAGAAGGCACAAGUAAUAGACUCAAAAAAAAAAAUAAAUAAAUAAGAUUUAUUUAGAAAUAAAAAGACUUUGAUAACGCAACGACGUCGAAACAACGUCUUGUGACUAAACAAUUGAAUUGUUUUUCAUAAACAAAAUAAUACGUAAAAUAACGCGUGUAAUGCCGGAAACUGAAAGUGAACUUUAUUAAAAAAUUGAAAAUUUGAAAAAUUGUUUUUCGAAAAAUACAAAAAAUAUUGAAAAUAUUUUCCAAUGUGAAAUUGUGUAAGUGCUAAGCCAGAAAAAAAUACUGAACGCGCAUAAGUCUUACUUGGAUACUUGUGUUAAUUGACUAAGUACAAUUUUUUUGAUGAUUACGAAUAAUCAGAAUUUGCACAAAAACACAUAAGCAUUACGGCACUCUGUGAAGAAGACGUGCGAAAGACGGCGCAGCGUAAGCAAACGAAGUAGCGCAAGGCGUAGUGCAUGUGUAGAUGACGCGUGCAGGCGCGUAGACAAAACGCAGUGCUACCUGUGCAAGUAACGGUGCAAACGAAGCAGUGCAUAAAAUAUUAAAGAAAAAUUAAAGCAUUAUAAUAGAACAAAUAUUGCGAAUAUAGCAAGCGCUUUAGAAAUAUAUAUGUAUUUAAGGAAGCGCGCGCGGCUAUGCUUACAUAUAAAAGAUAACUAUUGAAGCAGCAAGUUAGUGACGCCAAAGUGUUUAAAGUGACACAACAUAAGCGCAUAAUAAUUAAAAAAAUAAAAAUAAACUAAAACAACACAAACUGACAUAACACGAACACACGCAGACACAGCGCAAGCAAAAAAUUGUUAGAGAAAAAUAUAAAAAAUAUUAAUAAAUGUCGCACAAAAAAUGGUUUCAAAACAGUGCAAAUUAAACGCUUGCAACCUAACAACAGUGUGACACAAAAGUGUAUGCUUAAAAUAAAAAAAUAAAUAUUUAAAGCGCAAAGCCAGCAACAACAUUUAACGCACAAAACGCAUAGCAAACAGUGCUAUUAACACAGAAAACAUAUAAACAUUAGCAGCGCAACAACAACUAUAACAAAAAUAACAUAACAAUAAUAUCAAAAUAUCGCCACAACAACAACAACACAACAUGUUGACCAUGGAAUCGGAUAUGAAAGGCGGCAUCUUGCAUGCCACCAUGCCGCCGCAUCAUGCGUCCGCCGCUUUGCAUGGCCAUGCCGCCUCGCCGUACAGCGCGCUCGGUCCACUCAUGAAUCUCGGACAAUCGCACUUGACACAAUCGCAUUUGAGUCAACAUCAUCAUCAUCACAUGGCCACACAUUUGGCCAGCAGCGGUGGACAACAACAAAGUGCGCUACUCGGUAAUGGUGGCGGUUUGUCGAGCAAUCCGUUGAGCUCAUUGCAAACCAGCAUGGCAAAUACUUUGAAUGGCAGCGCCAGCAGUCUGCAACAGCAGCAACAACAACAGCAGCAGCAACAACUCGGUUCGCCAUUGCAUAGCGCUAGCGAUUUGAGUCCCACACAAUCGAGCAUUGGCAGUCAUCAUAUGACAUCGCCAAGUGGACAGCAGCAGCAACAACAACAGCAACAGCAACAUCAUGGUGUGCAUCACCACAGCGGUAUGGGUGGUGGCACGCCUAUUGGCGGUCAAAAUUCAGGCGCGCCAACGCAUAUUGGCGGCGGUAGCCACAAUGUGAAUAACAACAAUACGUCGACCACAAAUAAGAAUCAACAGAAUGCGGAGCGUGUUAAGCGUCCGAUGAAUGCGUUUAUGGUGUGGUCACGCGGACAGCGGCGUAAAAUGGCCUCAGACAAUCCGAAAAUGCACAAUUCAGAGAUUUCAAAGCGUUUGGGCGCACAGUGGAAAGAUCUCUCCGAGGCUGAGAAGCGUCCAUUCAUCGAUGAGGCGAAACGUUUGCGUGCGGUGCAUAUGAAGGAGCAUCCGGAUUACAAGUACCGGCCACGUCGCAAGACAAAGACGCUCACCAAGUCGAAGGAGAAGUAUCCAAUGGGUGUGGGCGCACUGUUGCAGCCAAGCGAACCGAAUGCGCCUAGUGCGGCGCGCAAUACCAGCGCCAAUUCGAUGGCGGCAGCACAACAAGCGGCCGCUGUCAAUCGUGAUAUGUAUCAGAUGAGCGCACCCAAUGGUUAUAUGCCUAACGGUUAUAUGAUGCACGAUCCUUCCGCCGCCGCAUACCAAAGUCAGCACAGCGCCUAUAUGGGUAACUAUCAUCGCUACGAUAUGGGACAAAUGCAUCAGGCGGCCGCUGCGGCGGGCUCACUCAACUACAUGAAUCCGGCGGCGAGUGGCGGUUACGGCAUGUACGGCACUGUGUCGGGUGGUCAGACCUCACCGUAUGCCAGCAUACAACAACCCGGUUCACCCUACAGCAAUGUACAGCAACAGCCCGGCUCACCGUACGGCCUGACCGGCGGUCAACCGGGUUCACAAGUCUCCUGCCAAAGUCACAGCCCCAGCGAUUCGAGUAUCAAAUCCGAACCUGUCUCACCCAGCCCGCUACAUAGUCAAGCGCAACAGAAUUCCGCCGCUGUACUCGCUGCCAACAACAAUAACAAUCAUAUAAUGAAACGUGAAUAUGGCACGACGCAGCAAAGCACCGAUUUGAAUCAUCUAAUGAAUAUGUAUCAUCUACCCGAUGGCAUGCAGGCAUCAGCCGCUGCUGCUGCCGCCGCUGCGGAGCAUCAACGCAAUCUGAUGCAUUAUCAGAAUAGUUCGCCGGAUUUGCAGCAACAGCAUGCGCAGCAUCAGCAAUCGAUGCGCGCGAUGGCGCCACUCGCUCACAUGUGA